AUGCAUAUCGAGGCUCUUGGUGUUCAUGAAGCAGACCUUCAACGUUCUGAAGAUUCAACACAGGUCAACCUCGGGGAAAACGAUAUUUCUCAAUCUUCGUACGGAAGCGAUGCUCGCCCGUCUAACCCAUCUGUCCAUUGGGAUCUGAAUGUUUCUGAACCAACACCUCGAUCUCGACUAUGGCCUUCAGCGGAUGAAAGCUCUACUAAAACCAUGGAAGAAGCUCUUGAGGUAGAGAGGGACGAAUCAACCAAGAAGCAACAACCGGACACCGUUUCGGACUCAUCAUCAAGUGCCUCUGGCUCGGCUACUUCUUCAUCUGCAGCAAGUUCUAUCGUUAGCAGUUCUUCCUCUGGGUCUCCCUUAAGCUCCACUAGUACAAUAGCGCCGGAAGUAUCAAGGCCAAGCGUUCGUUUUAGUGACCGCGCUCCUCCUCUCGCGAAGCGGCCUGCCAUCUCUAGGCGAUUCAGUGCUCCUAUUACGUCGGCAGUUGAAUGGGGGCUUCUGUUCGACGAGACCGGAUACGCUACCCCCCGGAAUGGACAGUUUCUAAGAGGGCUAGCCAAGCAUGUCAUCGACGACUUUGCACCUAGCAGCAGCGCCCUUGUCGUCACGCCAGAGAAGCUCAGCGUGCUGUACUCAAGAUACCGGCUAGAUGCCGAGAUCUAUCCAUUCGUAGAGAUCUUCAACUCUCGAGCCAAAGACGUCCACGACCGCAUCGCCGACUUCUUCACCGAUCUAGACUGCCAGUAUCAUCUGAUACCACUCGACGCAUAUUCUCGUCCGCGGAUCCCCGCCUUGACGCCUGUGGGGUUCGCACACUACCUCACCACCUGCAUUCUGGCACAUCCGGACGAGGAAUUUCGCCGCCUUGACAAGAUUGUGGCGGACGUCCAGCUCUUUGCUGACACUGAAAGCCAAUCCCAGAAACUACCCCGGCAGCUGAUUCGUAGCCAGUUCCCCGUCAAGCACGACGCCAAGUCUAGGAAGAUUCUGGGUGCCGCGUUUGACGACCUGAUAUACGACCUUGGGCUAACGGAACCGUCCACCCCGAGGCUACCCUUAGCAAUCAUGGCGCCGCCUCUGCCAUCUCCUCUCUCUGCAAACUCUGACAAGCAAGCCCCUCCACCGUCGAUACGCCACUGUGCCCCUCUCGAAUCAUACGCGAGGGAAAGGGGGUACACGCUGCUAGCCAGCCCAGAGACGAGCAAAGCACGGAGUCGGUACAUGCCCCCUGGGAUCCUAAAGACUAUAACCACGGGAGACCAGACGGGCGCCACUUCUUCUACCGAGGACAGCCGUCACAGUGACUACGACCACGACAGCGAACGGGCACGGAUCCACCGCAUAGAAAAAUCCCAACAGGAUACUUACCGGCCCGUGCCUCCUACUACUACCACUAUGACGUCGACGUCGUCCACCACCCCUCCUUCUACAUCACCAAGGACUUCCCAAAUAGCAGGCCCGCUAACGAUGACAACAACGAUGACGCGCACGCCACACCCACCGCGCUCAUCUUCUUACUACCACACCACCACUGGGACCACGUACAGACGCGCGCAAAGCCCGCCGCCGUCAAAAGCAUACCGGGCCUCGGCGCCCGACGUGAGCACCACGGCAUAUGCCAAGCCCGUGGGGUAUCUACCACCACCGCCUGCGACAGGUGGGACGGCAAAGAGACUCUCAAUGUACGCGGGAGACAGACACCACAGCGGCGGCGGUUCAUCUUCAUCUUCUUCGUCUACGGUUCGAGCUGAUCCGGAUACGGGUCGGCAGCUGUUGGACAAUAGCAGCCAUAAUAGCCGCAGGCACAGCCACAGUAGCAGUAACAGCGGUAGCAACAACAAUGGCAAUGGUAAUAGUAGUAAAAGGCCCAACACAGGGGAGAAGCACCACUCCCACUCCCGUCAUAGCCAUGGUCAUGGCUAUAGUCAUAGUCACGACAGUGGCAGUGGUGGUGGUGGUAGUAGCCAUCACCACCACCGACGGCACAGCACCGUCGAUGACAAAAACAUCGACAGCAACUACAACAACAACAAAAACGAUAACAGUAACAGUAAUGAUAACGGCGGUGCCCGAAGACCGACUUGGGAGGAGGCAUUGCGCUUUACGUCGCCUUCGACUUCGUCUCCACAUCACAAGAGUGGGGGACAUAGACAUCAUCAUCGUCACCAUUCGGGGUAUUGA